AUGCGGCGCUGCCCGCCACACGCGGAGGAGCCCCGUCUGCCAGCCGGACGGCGCCGAGGGGGUCCCGGUGCCGACAUCAGCGGCGCCCCGGCCUCGCCCGGCGGGAGCAGCCCCAGCGAGGAAGCGGUUAAGGCCGGGCACCAGGAAACGGGAAGGAAGAGGCUGAGACCAGCAGGAGCCGCACAGCGGAACACCCCCCACCACCCACCUCCUCCUCCUUCCCUCCGUCUCCGUCUCUCCCUCUCCCGCCGGGAGCUGCCGCCGCCAGCGGGCCGGGAGCACGUGCGGGGGGGGGCGGCGCGGCGCCGGGCGGGCACGUGCGGCACCGGCACCUGGCGGCGGCGGCGACCGGGCGGGACCGAAGGAAGGGACAAAGAGGGAGAGAGGGAGGGAUACCUCAGCCCCGCCACCCCGGGGGAGGGCGGUCAGAGGCGGUUUACACAACCGGCCGCCCCUUACAUAAGCCGGGAGCCGGGCCCGCGUGGGCGGUACAAGCCGCCCCCCAUCUCCCCCGCCCCUCCAUCGUCCACCGUCGAUUCCCCCCCCCUCCCCAUCCCCCGUCCGGGAGCCGCCCCCCUGCUGCAGCGAUGUGACCCGCCCCCUCCCUCCCUUCCGUUGCCGUCCCCUCCCAGGAAAGAGCCAGAGUCGGCGGCACCGCGGGCCCAGCAUGGAGUAGAGCGGACCCGGGGCCGGCGGCGCGGCACGGCGGAUCCGGCCCCGGUCUCGGCGGCGGGGGGACCCUGCGCCGAGAUGCUGCAGGUGGCGGAGGAGGCCUUCCGCGGCGGCAACUUCGAGCUGGCGGCCGAGAUCUACGGCUCGGAGCUGGCGGGGCUGCCACAGCCCGAACGGGGCCUGUGCCUCCGCCGUGCCGACGCGCUGGCGCGGGCUGGCCGCAUGGCCGAGGCGCUGGACGCCUACGGUGCGGCGGCGCGGCUGGCGCGGCUGCGGCCCGAGGAGCUGCGGGAGCUGGCCGAGAGCUUCGCCCUCAGCAUCCGCGACAAGGAGCUGCGCCUCCCGCCCUGGGGGAGCGGCGGAGCCGGCGGCGGGGCGGAGGGCGAGGGGCUGGGGGACCCGGCGUGCUGCCGUCCGCCCGAGCUCUUCGCUUGCCCGCUGUGCCGGCGGCUGCUGUGCGAGCCGGUGACCCUGCACUGCGGGCACACCCACUGCCGCCGCUGCGCUGAGCCCGGAGACUGCGGCCGCUGCCACCGCCCCCGCCGGCCCGCCGAGACGACCCCUCCAGCCGCCCCCUCCUCCUCGUCGCCAUCGACACCCGCCGCCCGCCUGCGGGUCAACGUGGUGCUGGGCAACCUGCUGCACAAGUGGUUCGGUGCCGAAAGCCGAGCGCGGCGGCUCCGCGCAGAGGGCGACGCGCUGCGGGAGCGGCAGGAGCUGCCGGCCGCCCUGGAGAAGUACAACCAGGCCCUGGAGAUGGCCUCUUGCAAGUGUUCACUCAUAGCACAGCGAGCAGAACUCUGUACAUCAAUGAAAAACUACCAGCAAGCUCUCCAUGACGCGGAUGUCCUCUGCCGAAACAAACCCCACUGGCCUGCGGGCCAUUAUGUGAAAGCAAAAGCUCUUUCUGGAUUGGAAAGGACUGAGGAAGCAUUGAAGGAAUUUCUCUAUUGUGUUGCCUUAAAUCCUGAAUGGAGCUCAAUGAAGAAAGAAGCCCAAAAGAUAAUGUGUGAGAUGUUUUUCCCAGCCUUUGAAAAUGUGCAUGAUAGUCUAACAGCACCUUUCUCUAGCCGAACAUCCCAUACAAGAUUGAAACCUGCGUUUCUGAGUAGCAUAAAUACACAAGCAACUGCAGAAGAUAGCUCUAUUGCUGGGUCCUCAAAGGAUACUGUGUUCAGGUUAACAAAAACCCCGUCCCAAGAAUCUGAUGUAUUUAGAAGCACUGAUUCUUCUGUUUCCCAUCAUGUUCUGGAUCUCUAUUUUGAAGAUAACAAGAAGUCACUGGGAGCUAUUCUCUCCAGUUUACCUGGGGUUGGCUUAAAAAGAAAACUGUCCAGUGAUAUGAAGGAUGUGCAAGGCUUGGAUGUCCCCAGUAAGAUUCCUAAAAAAGAUGCAGAUGUUAUACCUGAAAACACCAUCAUCACUUCAGGAGAGGUACCAACAACUCUGGUGGAUGCAUCGGACUUUGAGUGUUCCCUGUGCAUGAGGUUGUUCUAUGAACCUGUUACUACUCCCUGUGGACACACCUUUUGCCUCAAAUGCCUUGAGCGUUGCCUUGACCAUAAUCCACAUUGCCCGCUCUGCAAAGAAAAGCUGUCAGAGUUUCUGGCAAGCAGAACUUACAAGAAGACCAUCCUUACAGAAGAACUGAUAGUCCGUUACUUGCCAGAGGAAUUAUCUGAAAGGAAGAAAGUUUAUGAGGAAGAAAUGAAGGAACUGUCAAAUCUGAACAAAGAUGUUCCCAUCUUCGUAUGUACCAUGGCCUUUCCAACCAUCCCUUGCCCACUCCAUGUCUUUGAGCCUCGUUAUCGUCUAAUGAUAAGAAGAUGCAUGGAAACUGGUACCAAGCAGUUUGGCAUGUGCCUAGCUGAUGAAUUAAAAGGAUUUGCAGAUCAUGGCUGUAUAUUAGAGAUCAGGGACGUAAAGUUUUUUCCUGAUGGGCGCUCAGUUGUUGAUACAGUUGGUGUCCGUCGUUUUAGGGUCUUAAGCCAUGGCCAGCGAGAUGGAUAUAACACAGCAAACAUCGAGUAUCUUGAAGAUAAAAAGGUUGAAGGACCGGAAUAUGAAGAACUUGUCCGCCUUCAUGACUCAGUUUAUGAUCAAGCUGUUGCCUGGUUUACAUCUCUUAAAGACAAUAUGAAAGUUCAGAUUCUUAAUCAUUUUGGGUCCAUGCCAGGAAAAGAGCCAGAGCCACAGUUUUGGUCUAUCAGUGUGAAGCAUGGAAAACAAUCAGUGGAAAACAAUAUAUCAAUAGCAACCCCAGUGGUCCUGCCUGGUACUGGUGGCUCUUGGCAGUGUUGCCUCUGGAAAAUAGAGCUCAACUGGCAAUACUGGCCAUGACAUCCCUUAAAGAUCGUCUUAUUGCCAUCAGACGUGUAUUGAUAUUUGUGACUCGCAAAAGACCCAGAUAACAUGGACUUCAGUUGUGAGUGGGUACCAAAACCAUCUCGCAAUAGGUUGUCUGGGGGGAGGGGUUGUUUUUUUGUUUUCUAAAGAUUCCUUCAAAAAGGAACAGCCCUUUCUGACUGUGUCCAGUAUCCAUUGAUUGCAUCGGUUUGUUAUCCUGGGUAUUCGCCAAACCUUGCACUCUGUCCUGUUGUCCUGGUGAAAUCUGAGCCUCUACAAAGCUGUGCUACAGUCAAGAGCAUAGCUGACAGAUGUGGAUAAUUACUUCAAAGUACUACCAUAGAAUUGAUGUUUCUAGCCUGCAAGAGAGUCAAGUACUAGAGUAGCACCAUUGGCCUGCAUGUGAUUUGGAUUUCUACUUGGUAGGAAGAGGAAACUGGACAGUGGAUUGAAGAGAUGUUUCCUGGACUUUCUUGAACGUAGUGAACAGAAGAUGAAUUAUGCUGCCCAGCUGAAGUAUGCAUGAAGGCUAUAACCAACAGUACACUCUGUUAGUAAAUUGGUAGGCAGUCUGUCAUACACCUACAUCUUUCUCUUUUCAGCAAACAGUAGUCUGUGAGGAAAAAAAAAUUGAACCCAUUUGUGGUUAAGGCAUCUGGGGGUGUUUAUCUGAAAGAAUAAUAGCUACAGAAGAAGUAUACUAUUUAGUAGCCUUAGGUAAUCCCUUGUGUUGUGAUUUAUGUGUCAUAGUGGAUCGAGUAUGUACAAAAUGUAAAGGUGUACUUUGGUUUAUUUAGAAAGAAAAAUCAAAGUAAUCCUAACUGGUCUUAUCUCAAAAUUCAAACCAAACCGGAUCCUUUAAGUACAAACUUCGCUGUGAAAUAAUGAUUUCACUCUGAGUAUGAGGGAGGCAUGCUGCAGUUUGCUCUGAAUGCCUGUCCAGCACGUGGGACUGGCAAGGAUGAAACUUGGGGAGGUUUCUAUCUUCCUCUUGCCUGCAGUGUCAUGCUCACCUGCUGUUAUGUUGGAGUGAUCUCUACUGAACAUGUUUCAAACCGAAAGUAUUGUAGUUUAGUACCAGUUGCUGUAUAUGAUGGAAAUCAGUCCACAAUAACACCAUGAAAGGAGGCAUGAACUGAACCUUUAAAAGCAAGUCUCAAUGCAAGCUUAAAUCAGGUGUUAACGUUCUUUUGUUGCUUUGUUUAUUAUUUUAUAUAUUUUUUGUUAAUAUCUAACUUUGAUAGCUAUUAAAUUGAUUGCUUGUCAGUCAAAUGAUCUACAUUUGCUCAACUGCCAAUGAAAUAGCCAACAGUGUUACCAAUUCAAUUGGCAUAGUUUCCUGUAAGUAGAACUGAUCCUACCAACAGGAAAAAAAAUGUUGACUUGAAUCUCCAUAUGCUGCAAGCAUAGCAAGACCAAUGUAAAGACUCAUUCAUGUGCAGAAGUCUGAUAAGAAAUGGCUGUUUACCUAAAUGGUCAAAGUGCCUGGUUUCUUUUUUUAGUUCUUUUGUCCUUAUUUGUCAAUGAAUAUGUAUUUAAACUUUUUUUUUUUCCAAUUUGCACAUGAAUUCUGGAAGAAGACUGCAUUAAAAUGCAGUGAUUGAGAUAUAUUACCUUCUCUCUUUGGGUAUUGUAGAUAUAAUCUGUGUGGUCUGGGAAACAAAAAUACAGGUUUUUUUUUCCUUCCAGCAAAUGACUACCACAAAUGGUUUCUGUAACAUACCCUGAAUGUACUGUACCUGCCUCUACCUUGAACACGCCUUUUUCUAUUUAAAUAGUUUGUAAGUGUAUUCUCUGAAUUGUGAAGUGCAUAACUUACAACCAAUGAUGUCAUAACCUCUACAGUAGCCUUCUGCUACCCUCACCAAAAUACUCAAAAUUCAAGUUGAACACAUUUCCUCCAAGAUUUGAAGAUGGCAAAGAGGAGAUCAGUGAAGUAUAAAGGAAUUGCUCUAUAUAUGGGGGAGGAAAUGUCAGAAGUCAGUAGGUCUUCAGCCCACUGUCAGCUGAGCUACCGAAGGUUGGUUUCACCAACUUAUUCUCAGACCAGAAGACGGACUGUAUUUGAUCUUGCAGUCCUUUCUGUUCAGCUUCCUGUUCUUCCCAUCCCUUUCUCAUGCUCUGUAUUUCUUCUAGAGUCACUCAUCUUGCUCCUUUGUAUGUCUGGCCUGGUUUUGAGUGUUACUAAUUUAGCUGCAAGGGGACACUGAUGGUAUUUGUGUAUUACUGGUCCCCAGUCUUACAUGUGCUUAGUUUUAGGAGUGCAUUUAAGGAAAAAAAAAAAAUCAAGGUGCUAGUUAGUGUCUUCUUGGCUUUGCCUCAGUAACUAAUGUGAAUAUUCUUCUUUGCAAAAGUGAUUUUUUUCAAGGUAUCUACUUUUGAGGUACUUCUGAGAUGAAACCCUAUGGAACAAGAGAGUUUGUUUACUGCUGUUCUGUAAUGUGUAAAGACAUUUUACAUGGGAAGUGACAUUACUGUGUUCAUGAAGACCUACAUAAUUAAUGGAAUGAUAGUUAUGGAAGAGAAAGCUGAACUGUAGAGGGAUUUUUUUUUACUUGAGGUUUAAAGCAGUUUGUGAGUAUUUCAGUGACUGAUGUUUUGGAUAAAUGAUAACCUAGGAAUUGUCUGUGUAUGGAUGCAAAUAAUUAUAUUAGCAGCCCAAAGCUGACAUUUCUUCCAAAACAUCGAAUGCUGAUCAAAUAGCAAAGCUUUAAUAAAGAAAUAAAUCACCACUGCCCUGUGGUACUUGGUUUCUAUGGGAAAGUACCAAUUCCUUUGUUACCAAAUUAUCUCUGAUAUAUAAUCUCUACAGCAUCCAGUAGUACCUCAUGGGAAAAGCUAGCUAUCUCAUUUCUCUCUAGAGGAAAUGUCCAGGUUACAGCCAAUCUAAGUUUAGCUGUAACUUGUUGCCAGGGUACACGUUGGGAGCAUUGGAGCUGAGCCUCCUGGAAGAGAUAGACAGGAUUCGUUGCCUUUCUGGCUCAUUACACUUUUCUUGCUUGCUGUCCAAGCAAGGAUGCUGGGAUAUAUGAUGAGUCUUUUCACUGUGGUGAAUGUGGCCCUUCUUUAUACAUCGUAAAGAGGCCAAAAAAAAAAAAAAAAUCCCUCUACCUCUACACCUGUUGUUCACCUGUAAAGCAAGCUUCAAGCUGCAAAAUUAUAUAUAUAUUUUAACCUUUUUUUGUCUUUCAGAAGCAUACUAAUUGUUUGCCACUGAGGCCUUUUAUCUACUGUAUUUUAAUAUGUUCAUUUGAUAGUCAUCGAGAUCUCUUUGUACUUCUAACCUGUAGAUCUUGUCAUGUUUCUUACUGCUCCUUUUUCCUUGUUCUCCAGUCCACUUUUAAAUUGAUAAAUAGAAAGCUGUACACUCUCUAUUCCUAUUACAUUUUACACUAGUGGAACUGGUAUUUUGGUAGCGCCUUAAUUUUGCAGUUGUGAAAUGAUUGUAUCAACUCUUAUCUGGGGCUUCUGACCAGAUUUAAACAAGUAUGUUUAAUGUAGAUAAACUUGAAACAAUUUUUUUACUGUUUUAAAGCUAGUUAUGAAAUGGAGUGUGUACAUAUGUAUAAAUAUAAAUUAUUAAUCUGCACCUUUUUGUAUCUAGUAAAUACAGAAGUUCAUGUUCUAACCACAUUUGGCACCUCUUGUUGCAUAAGCAAAGCCAAAACUUUUUUUAAAAAUUGCAAUGUUCAUUUCAUGUAUAUUUGCAAUAUUCAUGGGAAAUGUAUUUAAUUUAUGUGAUAUUUGGAAUAAAACCAAUUGAAUUUAUAAGA